AUAAAGGAAUAAAUAGCUGAGAAUAUUUUUUAAUUAUGGAAUACCAUUUGUUAACAAGUUGUACACAAAUAACAAAUUAUGAAACGUAAAAAGUAUCAAAUCUUACAUCGAUCCCAACAACAAACAGUAAGACUACAACAACCUGCUAAAGGAGUCAUGUCAUGGGAUUGCUAUAUAAAAGUUCCAAACUCUUGAAAAUAAUUCUGGAUUCCCUGGAAGAUCAAGAGGGUGGAGCUAUGUACAUAUCGUGCGAUGUCUCAAAUGGAGGUCCUGUGGAACCUGAAACGGGUUAUGUUCCCAAUAAUCCAUUAUUCGGUUUGGCGUUGGAUAGUCCACAGCAAGAGUGUGCUGCCGCAUCCUGUAUUGGAUGCCUAUCGUGUCAAGGUAAUACCGUCUUACCGCUAUCCUCCCUGCCAAACAACGAUUUCGAUUGUGGUUCCUGUUUCGAUCCGAUCGUUGCCGUCGAUCUAGGUGGCGGUGUCGUUGGACCUGCACAAAACAAUUCACAAGUGAUACUGAACAGCACUGGCAGCGGUGUUGGUGGCAGCAAUACUUGCACAUCGAAUUAUUGGUCCACCGACGAGAUGGCAUCGACAUUUCCAGGACUGCCAGCUUUAGACAUCGAUCCCCUACCCAGCCUCUUUCCCUUCUCACCAUGUGGUGCAUCAUACAAUUUCUCCGCCAAUCCACAUCAUCAAGCUUCACUCUCGUACACCGUACAUCCCCAUCAAAUGUUAAUAUCGCCAAAUAGUCAUCAGCAAACAAGCUCAGCCGUUACCACGACAACGUCUGGUUCCUCAACACCCGGUUCCGGUCAACAUGCAACGUCGUUAUCGCACACUAAUGCAUUGAAUUCGUCAGCAUCAACGAUGGCAUCACAGUCAUGCUACUACGAUCCGAUAAAUGUCGGGGGAGGUGGUGGUAUGUCAAAUACCACGGUGGGCAAUUCGUGUGCCCUACAGCAUAUGAAUACGCAAACAGGUGCUAGUGGAGCGGCCGGUGCCGCUGCUCUAUAUCCCAGUAUGAGUGUUAAUGUCAGUAUGAACAUGACAAUGCAUGGUUAUGGUGCUACCGAUGCUACAAUGCCAAUGCAAUGUUCCCAGAUGCAAUGGACCCCCACAAACUCCUCAUCGGCUGUUAAUGUCUUAUAUCCUCCAUUGCUAAGCCCCUCCCAUUAUCCGGGUGCGGCCACCUAUUCCUUUACCGCCGAUUUCCGUUCACCUUCAUUACAAUCGAAUCAAAACCAGAAUCACAACAAUAUGUUGUCCUCCCUACCCCCCGAUUCUCUGGAAAAAGACUCCUCACCAUCCCCAAUGCCACCAACCGAUGCUAUAUCACCAAAAAGUUUCUAUGCCAGCACACAAAUGGGACAAAGCUAUUCCCCGCCCACAAAAAGUCCCACUCUCUUUACACAAAUACGUGACACAAAACCCUACAACCAGCUGACCGGCUUGCCGAUGUCAUCCGGUGUGGCUAGCGGUUAUGAGGAUGAGGACAGCAACGAAGAAGGUUCCGAAUCGAAACCGAAUCUAUGUCGGUUGUGUGGUAAAACCUAUGCCCGACCCAGUACUCUGAAAACCCAUUUGCGAACACACUCGGGCGAGCGACCCUAUCGUUGUCCGGAUUGUAAUAAAAGUUUCUCACAGGCCGCCAAUCUCACAGCUCAUGUACGCACACAUACUGGUCAAAAGCCAUUUCGUUGCCCAAUUUGUGAUAGACGUUUCUCACAAAGUUCCAGUGUCACUACGCACAUGAGAACCCAUUCGGGUGAGCGUCCCUAUCGAUGUUCAGCCUGUAAGAAAUCGUUUUCGGAUAGUUCGACGUUGACGAAACAUUUGCGUAUACACAGCGGCGAAAAGCCGUAUCAGUGUAAAUUGUGUUUGUUGAGGUUUUCACAAUCUGGAAAUUUAAAUCGGCACAUGCGCGUUCAUUCCACCAAUAAUAAUGGCAGCAAUCUGCUAACAUGACAAAAGCCACGUGGAGGAGGUGGAUUUCAACACUAUCAUCCCCACCACAAUCAUCCACAUGCGUACGCACAUCAUCAUACCCAGGCAGCAGCAGCAGCCGCCGCCGC